GGCAAUUUACUUGGUGGAUAGUAAAUGUUCUACGAAAGAAACCAAACGCAAUAGAUGGUUUGAAGCAGUGCAAGAAAAAAUGGAUGUCGAUGCGUACGGCCAAUGYGGUCAUAACAUUGAAGUUCCAGAAGGAAUGACAACAGCCACACCUGAGGGCCGCAUUGCUCUGAUGGCGCAGUACCGAGUUGUGCUAGCCUUCGAUGAAGUGAAAGCGAAGGACCAUAUWAGCAGUAUGGUGUGGGAAGCCUUAGCUUCGGGAGCCGUUCCGGUGAUAAUAGGUGCAGAAAAUAUUGCGGAACGACUCCCACCAAAUUCUUUCCUCAAUGGAAACAAUUUCAAUGCAUUCUCCGAUCUUGCCGAGAUGGUAAAAACRAUUUCCUCGGACAAGGCAAAGUGGCAGUCCUACCAAAAAUGGAGGGAUGAUAAAGAUGCAAUUGCAGAAUUCGAAAAGCAAUAUGGGUUUACAACCAUAGRUCCAACGUGCAGAAUGUGUCGAUGGGCCUAUGCCAAAAAGUAUGGUCUUGGAUGGGACCACACCAACCAGAAGGUCCGAUCAAUACCAAAACUUCCAAAAGAUCAGCUCUGUUUGACAGCUGAUCAUGCAUUGGUAUCAAAACCCUUUUCGGAGGAAUACGUUUCCAAAAACCCUAGCUCAGAUGAAGCCGAAGCGAUACUCACAGAGGAUUCAGAAGGUGAAUCGUGUUCUUCUCUUGAUACAGGUGGAGACAUCGUCUCUGGUGCCUUCAGGGGACACCGAAAGGUUUAUCAACACGACGGGGUAACUGAUCUCGUCKUAACUGAAUGGAGCACAGACGCCGAAAAUGUUGAGACAGCAUUGCGUCUCAAAUUUCCUGGCGUGAGAAAUCCAGACGGUAGCUGUUUUUACAACACCCACACGUUGGUAUCGACUGAAAAGGGACCUAACAUCAGUUCUGCUAGCAUUCAAGAUGAUACUGUCAAGGUGACGAUUCUUGCWAAUUGGGAUACAACAAUUAAAAGUACCGAAGAGGGAAUUAUGGAAGUUUCCAUUAUUCAAGAUACCAACUCGGGCUCCAAGGAUGGGUCGGCACCGAGACGAGUCAGAGUAAUUAUUGAAGAAGUGAACGUAGUGCACGACAAAAUGACAGAAUUCUAUCCAUCAACCUACUGCCAACAAAUGACAAAAGACUUCAUUAAUCCCAUUGGUGUUUUCUUUGUGGAUUCGUAAAUGGACAAUAUGGGCAKCAUCUAAUAAAUAMAAUAUCCAAUAAAAGAAAUGUGUUCAAAGCUUAGCAAGCAUCUCCUCCUUGCCUCAGAUGCGAUCAAUGUCUAGAAAAUAGAUAGUAAAUCUUGAACAAGUAUCUCACUACUAUAAUAAAAAAUU